CCCGCGUGUAUAGUUGUGCGCUGCACGCAUGGCUGCAGUGUGCUGCUGCUGCGCCUGUUUGUGCCUUUACCACACACUAGACACACUUAAAAGAGGAGACAUCUGUCAAGGGUGACUUUAGUCCGCUGAUGAUGCACACAGCAACUGCACUUCACCUGUCCUUUUCUUCAUAGUGCAGUUCGCCAUUAGAUUCGUCGUGCUAAAAUUCUCAAAUGGACCGCCUAUUUCACCCCGGCAUUCCACGUAUUCAUUUGGACUAGCACCACCAUUGGUAUUUCCUUGCCAAUCUUGACGUAAUAGUUGCCAGUCGAGGAUGCCGACGAUUAACACGGUCGUGCACGGUGAGUCGAAUCAGUGGCGUAAUUGAAGCUGAUCGUUCAAACACUUGCAUCUGUAACAGUCUCUAAUGGCCAUUGACGCCAACAUUACAAGCCCCUUGCUCGGUUUUGUGGCCGAUGUGAUCACAUCACAUCUGCGUAAAAGUGCUGACGACUUCAACAGUAAUAGCACCGAAUUGCUAUUGUUCGAUUCGGGAGGAAUUGCUGGCGAUGGAAACCCCUUCAUUAUUGGUGAAUACUUUGGCGAUGAUGCUGAUGACCCUCUGGCGGCUAAUAAUCUGCUGAUGCCUACCUGGGCGUAUCGGUUGACGGCUGCUUACCUGCUCUUCAUUAGCGUUCUGGGUUUAAUUAUGAACGUUGUCGUCGUUAUCGUCAUUCUCAACGAUUCGCAGAGGAUGACCCCAUUGAACUGGAUGCUACUCAAUUUGGCGUGUUCUGAUGGCGCAAUUGCCGGCUUCGGGACUCCGAUAUCAACAGCGGCUGCAUUAGAGUUUGGUUGGCCGUUCAGUCAAGAACUGUGCGUCGCCUACGCGAUGAUCAUGUCUAUGGCAAGAAUCGGAUCGAUCACCACUCUAACGGCUUUGGCGAUUUGGCGUUGCCAGCUCGUCGUAUGCUGCCCGGCCAAACGUAAAAGCGCAUUCACCAACCACAGUGGGCGGCUCGGCUGUCGCCAGGGUGUGAUAUUACUCGUCAUUAUCUGGAUUUAUGCACUGGCCAUCACUUGUCCACCCCUGUUUGGGUGGGGUCGUUACGAUCGUGAAGCAGCUCACAUAAGCUGUUCGGUGAAUUGGGAGUCGAAGAUGAACAACAAUCGAUCCUACAUCCUGUACAUGUUUUGUAUGGGACUGGUCGUCCCACUUGCCGUCAUUAUCAUCUCUUACGUCAGGAUCCUACGCGUCGUCCAAAAGAGACGGGGACGAUCGGAAAUGAGAAGGGAAACGCUGAAACCGACUGAUGUGCCAGCAGCUCAUGUGCAGGGCCAACUGGAGCAAGAGCAUUCUUUGAGUAAAAAGACCAAACAGCAGCAGCAUCAUCAAUCCAUCAAUAACAAUCAACAGCAGAGCGGUAACCAUCGUCACAAAAGAGAUGCGGCCGAGAAGCGAGUGACGAUGAUGGUGGCCUGCAUGAUCGCUGCCUUCAUGGCGGCCUGGACUCCCUAUUCCAUUUUGGCGCUAUUCGAGACUUCCAUCGGCCAAGACAAUUACACUUCUUAUUCCAGCAGGAUCAACGCAACCAAUUUUUCCUCCGCAUUUCCAGAUGAAAAUUUGUCUUACGUGGGAACUAUUUCGCCAGCUUAUGCUACAAUUCCUUCCCUUUUCGCCAAAACGUCAGCUGUCCUCAAUCCGCUUAUUUAUGGCCUCCUGAAUACUCAGUUCCGUUUGGCUUGGGAAAGAUUUUCGUUGCGGUUCCUUGGUCGAUUUCAAUGUCAUCGCACUCAAGGUGUGUCGGGACAACACGGAACUAAUCCCAGGAAAAUACGGAACGUGCGAAAAUACCUGCUAAACUGCUACAGCGAUUCACAUUCCCUAAAGCCGACGCCGACUGUCCACCUGCCAAUGAAUGAGAUCGUCGUUUCCCAUUCCGAACAUCAGAAAGUUAAGACGGCGCAGGAACAAGCCAGCAGCAGCGUCACCAAAAUCACGACCAUACCACUUAUUAGUUCCGAUAAUCAGACCAUCGUUUCUUGUCCGAGUUCAAUGGGUAAUUGCCAGCAGCAUGAGAAUCAUCAAGCCAAUCACCAGCAGGCCGCUCAGCCUGACAAAGUGGUCGAUCACCAGCAUCUUCAGCUUCAGCCGAAUCGUUUGUCUUCAUUACUUUCGUUGUCGUUGCCGUCCAUAUUAAUAUCGACCCCCAAUUUGCCGUGCGUCGCUCAACGACAAUCAGCGGCACAAGAUCAGGUGAUGGCCACAUGUCAGCAAAUGACAUCUGGCCGAAUUCGGGAACAACAACAGCAGCAGCAGCAGCAAUCGGAUUCUUUUGUGGUGGUCGGGUUACUCGCCCAUUCGGCCGACUGUUACCACCACACCGGCGACUUUGAGCAAUUUGUUUUCUUGGACUCGACUGUCGAUGAACUUGGUCUGACAGCGCGUAGCGCAUCGCCGUAAAAUCAUAUGCGGACGUCGACGUAAUCAGUUGACAAACUGAGGUGAUAAAUGGACGGUAUAUUGUAGGGGGAAAAAGUGAAGCCGAUAUGACAUCGGCGGUGGCCAGUGCACACCCACGCCGGAACCCAUCAAGUUGGCAUUAGUGGUCGUCUGCACGUACCCAAUUGAUUUAUGAUGAUUGAAUCGGUAGCCUACUGUGAUGACGUCAAUCCCGGGCGAUGACAUAUGGGUGGUGCCGGUGGGGUUGGUUAUGAAACGUGGUGACCUGCGUCAAUGAAAUGAACGGCUACAGUGCUGGGACCUAAUAGUUGUUACGGUCUAUAUGAAACAUUGUGCCAUGUCCGUUGCGGUUAAGUGACGUUGGCACUAGCAAUUUGAAUGAAUGACUUUUAGAUUUUAGGGGUCUAUAAAUGGAAAUAUUUUGGGGUUUUCGAUGACAUUUCACUCCAAAUUUCCCCAAGGGGAUUUUUUCGUAGACGAAACUGUCCGUUUUCCAUCAAGAGUUUCUUUUCCAUAAAUUUUAAAAUAUAUUCGAAACGUAAUUUCGAUCAUUGUGACUCAUCACACCUAUAAGAGAUAUAAUAUAGCAUAUAUAUUUAGAGUAGUAUCACACAGUUGGAAGGAUAAGAAAUCGAACACGAGACAAUAUGUAAUAUUGUACUGAUGGCUUGAUCCGAUAAACGAUGGAUGCACAUCUUGAUUUGGAUUUAAUCAUGUCAGAAAUUUUUUAUUAAUGCUGUCAUUAAAUGAAUGA